CAAAAAAGAAAAUGUGUGCUGUCGAAAAAUACUUGAGCACGCCCUACCCUUUUCCUUUUUCUUUCAUUUCAUAUAUCUCAACCUUUCGGUGGUCAUAUCUUCUUCAACAUCUGUUUCAGACACACAGAAAAACUUACAGAAAGGAAAGAAUUUAGAGAUCAAAAAUCCUACCUAGAGAAAUGGAUGAGAAAUUGAUACAAAGACUUGAAGCAGCAGUAUCUCGUUUAGAAUCAUUAUCUUCAUCUGGAAUUCAGUCAAGAGGUUUACCUAAUGUAGAUGCUGAUGAUAAUGCUCCAAUAGAUCCGUCGAUUAUUGCUUUUGAUGAUCUACUGAAUCAAUAUUUUGUUAAGGUUUCUAUUGUAGCUGAUAAGAUUGGUGGGAAAGUACUUGAAGUCACUAAGGUUCUUGAAGAGGCAUUUUCUGUUCAAAAAGAUCUUCUUAUCAAAAUUAAGCAAACAAAGAAGCCUGACCUUGCAAACCUUGGUGAAUUUUUGAAACCGUUGAAUGAAGUUAUCAUGAAAGCAAAUGCCUCGACGGAAGGAAGGAGAUCUGACUUCUUUAAUCAUUUGAAAGCUGCUGCUGACAGUCUCUCAGCUUUAGCUUGGAUUGCUUAUUCAGGAAAAGAUUGUGGAAUGAGCCUUCCUAUUGCACAUGUCGAGGAAAGCUGGCAAAUGGCUGAGUUCUAUAACAAUAAGAUACUCGUGGAAUACAGAAGUAAAGAUCCAAAUCAUGUUGAAUGGGCCAAAGCUCUGAAGGAGCUUUACCUACCUGGUUUGCGUGAUUAUGUUAAAAGUAACUAUCCACUGGGUCCUGUAUGGAGUACAACUGGGAAAACAACUGUUUCUCUCCCUGCAUCAGCCCCAUCAAAAGCACCAGCACCUAGAGGCCCUGCUCCUCCACCUCCUCCACCAGCUUCUCUCUUCACCUCGGAAUCCUCUAAUGCUUCAUCAUCACAGCCGAAGAAAGGGAUGGCUGCUGUGUUUCAAGAAAUCAGUUCUGGGGAAACUGUGACUGCAGGUUUGAGAAAGGUAACUGCUGAUAUGAAGACAAAGAACCGUUCAGAUAGGACUGGUGUUGUUGGUGCCAGUGCAAAAGAAAAACCCACCAGUACAUCGUCCUUUUCCAAAACAGGGCCUCCUAAGCUGGAGCUUCAAAUGGGACGCAAGUGGGUUGUUGAGAAUCAGAUUGGAAAAAAGAACUUGGUUAUUGAUGACUGUGAUGCUAAACAGUCUGUUUAUCUAUUUGGAUGCAAAGAUUCAGUUUUGCAAAUCCAAGGGAAAGUAAACAACAUAACUGUUGACAAGUGCACAAAAAUGGGAGUUGUUUUCACGGAUGUUGUAGCAGCUUUUGAGGUUGUAAAUUGCAAUGGCGUUGAAGUGCAAUGUCAGGGGACGGCACCGACCAUUUCGGUUGACAACACAACUGGUUGCCAGUUAUAUCUGAGCCAAGAAUCUUUGGCCACCUCUAUUACAACAGCAAAAUCAAGUGAAGUCAAUGUAUUGGUACCUGGUUCUGGUGCUGAUAGCGAUUGGGCGGAGCACUCAUUGCCACAGCAGUUCAUUCAUGAAUUUAAGGAUGGUCAUUUUGUAACAUCUCCAGUCUCUCACUCCGGUGCAUAAUUAGAAGGAUAAGAUUUCUAUACAUCCUUCUGUACUAUUUCAUGGGAGGCUGAGAGCUGAUUGUCAAUACUGUAUUCUUUUCAUUCCAUUGAGGUUUGUCUUUGCAUGUGGCCUGAAUGGGUAACUGUUGAUAUUUAUUCUACACGUCGUCUUUCAGGUUGCAUUUGUGAUUGUCUUGCUGCUUGUGAAAUUUUCACUAAGAAAUUGUUUUCUUUAGUAAUAUGACUUUAUCUUGUAUAAACAUAUGACGGUUUCAUCCUUCUUUUUAAAUUAUCUAACUCCUUUAAUUAAAAU